AUGCGCGGGGACGCUGCGGAGAGGGCGGUGUCGGGAAGAGGUGCGCCGAGCGUGGUCCGGGACGAUGAACGAGGGAUCUCGAGCGAGCUAGGCAGAAAAGAAGCCGGCGGCACCUCGAUUCGGGACGUCACAUGGUGGGACCAGGAAGUAAGAAAGAGGAAGUUCGGUGGAUGGAUCCGUGAGGAGAAAUUUGCGAGCGUGGUAGAGAUGGAAGGGGGGAAGGAGAGAAGGUGGCGACAGAGGAGUCGGGAGAGAGAGGAGGCAGUGUCCCAGCGUCGGGAGAGAGCUGACGGCAAACUGACGGUGAGAAGAUUCGAUACCUGCUUGUCGCGGCGCGUCUAUAUGUCACAUGCAUUCUUCAUAGCAACUCCCUUCAUCCCUCUCUUUCUUUCUUUCUCUCCAUCUCCAGCUGUCUCCGCCCUCUCCCUGUUCAUGUCGUCCAAACGCGGUCGCAAACGGAACGACAAUCUCCCUCCAAACCGCGCACGCGAUGUCCAGAGAGCGUUCCGCGCUCGUCGCGCUGCCCAUCUCGAGGCAUUGGAACAGAGAGUGGCUGAGCUGGAGGAUGAGAAUAAUGCAUUGCGAGCUGCUCUCAACCUCCCGCCGGCGAACAGGGCUCCGUUGGGCAAAGGUCCUACCGGAAAGGACAAACCGAAAUCCCAUAUCCCCGGCCUUCAAACGUCGCAAUCGUCCACCUCGUCCCUGCCACCCAUCUCCGCGCUGCCGCAUAUAUCUCCUACCAUCUCCAACACCCGCACCGACUCACCAUCCUCCGCCUCCGACACUAGAACACAGUCGCUUUCUCCGACCGUGGUCGGUGCUACCCUCGCACAGGCCAACCAGUCUGUUGUGCCCACAUUGGAGUCCGCGAACUGGCCGGAGUCCAUGUUUAUGGAGAAAGACCAGCCGGAAGCGUCGACGUCGACGUCCUCCGGGUACGCUAUGCCCUCGGUCGUGUCUGCCUCGUCCUCCUACCCGCCUUCCACGUCCAGACAGACAUUCCCGGAGAUGUAUCUGCAAUCUGUCACCCAAAAUUACCCGCAUACAGCAGAUAGGCCCAUGGGCACCGAAACUUACUCCUCACAUUUCACCACCGUGCGCGAUGAGCGGCGGACGUUUCCGUAUUCGCAAGCUGCAUUUCCUCCUCAUGCCCCCCCGAUGCAUUCGCAGUCCCCACAUCUACCCCCCGUGUCGUCCGCUAUGGCCCCGCAGGGCGGGAGUCUAUCAAUUCCAUCGCCUCUAUCAUACACACACAGACGAUCGAUUACCGAGCCCCAGGGGUAUCGGAACAUGCUGCCGCAGAUGCGGCAGGCGCCGCCUCCGCCAAUACGCCUGCCGUCGCCCUCCAUGUUGCCGCAGUCGAAUGCGCCAAAUUCCGUCUACGACGCGCGCAAAAAUGAUCGGAUGCACUGA